AUGCCUCCCCGUGGAGCUCAGAACACCUGGACCCGAGAGUCUGAGCAGGACCUGACUCUUGCUGUCGUCGGCUACCUGUCUGCUGAGGACAUCAAGAAGAUCAAGAACACUGUGGGCUGGGAUAAGGUCACUGAGACUAUGCACAGCUGGGGAUACCAGUGGAACAAGGAUGCCAUGAUCUCGCGCUGGAACAAGAAGAUCCUCGGCGACUUCAAGAAGCGCCGCACCGACGGCAUCGGCGGCCAGGAAAUCCACCCCGUCGCUCCGCGCGGCUCGGGCCAGGCCAACACGGGCACCAACGCUCGUGGCGGCGAGAAGGGCUCCAAGAAGAAGCGUUCCCGCGCCGAGGCCGAGGCCGCUGAGCGCGAGGACGGCGAUGGCAGCGACAACGACCUGGAGGAGCUCGACAGCGACGAGAUGCCCAUGGCCAACGUCAAGCGAGUCCGCCGUGGCGCUACUGCCCAGCCGGCGCCUGCUGCUGCUGGUUCUGGUUCUGGUGCCCCUGGCGCUACCAAGAAGGCGAUGAAGAAGGGUGGUGACGCUGAUCUGGCCGCCGUCGACGCGGCGACUGAUCCCGCCUCCCCUUCCCGCAAGGCGUCUCCGCGCAAGAAGAAGCCCGCUGCCCCUUCUGCUGCGGCUGGUCCGAUUGAGGAUCCCACUGUCGAGGGCGAGGCUGCUCCCUCGUCUCCUGUCGUGUCUGCUGCUGCUGCUCGUGGUGCUCGGGCCCGUAAGACUCAGGUGCCAGUCAAGAACGAGAAGCCCGAGGUUCCUUACUCGAGCCUGGAUGAUUAUGAGGUCUAG